UUACAUUUGUUGUAUUUAAAAAAAAAUAGAAAAAUUUUAAUAGGUGAGAGUUCAUGUCUGUAAAACCAUAAUUCUAUGGCUGUAUUUGUAAAUAAUUGGUCACAUCGCAACAGAUAUCUAUUUUAGUCUUUUUAUUCACGGGUGUAUUUCAGUUAGGGAUUUUUUUUUUAAUAUUGAUUGAAAAAUGUAAAAAAUUAAUAUGUUUUCAAGAAUAAAGCGCGUGCUCGUUACAUUUUCCAUGCUUUGGCCAUUGUUUUUCAUUUUCUGGGUGAGAACAGAGACGGAGGGAAAGCAAUGGAAGAGCUAAGGAAGCUAGAACAAGUACAGAAACUUAUUAUGUUGUUGGAGUCCCGCGGAAUCGCCAUGCCUUCCUCGUCUUCCUCAAAUCGAUUCCUUGCCAAUUUCGUUCUCCUUUUGGUUCAACCAUGUGGAGAGCUUGACUUUGACAAUAAACUCGAUUUGGUUUCUGAGUACAUGCCAAAGUUUUCAGAAGAGUUUCUUGGCGAUGCAUCGUUACUGCUUAGUGAUGAAGACUUUGGAGGAAAGGAGAUGGAAAACGCUUUGAAGCCUUAUUAUGAGUCUGACAAUAAGCUGGAUUUUGGUUCUUUCCAGAACUAUUGUGGGGAAAUGGCUAUGGUUGGCUUGGAUGCAAUGCAGCGUGCAAAUUCUACACUUGAAGAUUUUUUCAGAUCAUAUUUCAUGUUUCACGGAAUGGAUGUAAACAAGCCUCAAUCUGUAUUCAAAUAUUUUCCUGUCCUUUCAUUUACAGAAAGUUACAUAUAUCAGCUGGACACUUUGAAUGAGAAGAUGGUUUACGGUGGAUUCACUUUUGGAAAAUCUCAGGAAGCAAAUGAAAGGGGCACUAAGUUUCUAAAUGCCAUAAAAUCUGAUCCUCUUCAACCUCUYAUUAAUCUCCUUGAACCACAUGGCUUAGUGACGGACAGGUUGAUCCAUGAACUAAGAUGUGGAAAGGAGUAUUGGGCAUUGGAAAGGGACCUAUGUGGUGCAUUGUUGAGCGAAGGGAAGGUCUCCGUUGAAGAUGUAAUGCGGGCUAUUCAUCUGAAAUCAUUUGAUUACAGAGUGUUGAAUCUUCUUUUGUAUCAGUUGAGAGGAGAGAAGGUCAAUGACUUGCACAUGGAAUUUCUGUCAAUCUCAGAAUUGCUAGUUGAGAUAGCUGACGAUUUAUUUGACUAUGAGGAUGAUGUACUGGAGAAUAAUUUCAAUAUUCUGCGCAUGUUUGUCCGGAUAUAUGGAGCUUCAGCUCCAACUGAGCUGGCAAAAUAUAUCAGCGAGGCUGAGGAAAAGUAUGACAGAUUGUUAAAAGCUUUGGGUUCUCAUUUGUCCUCACUUUACCAAAGGAGAUGUGAAGAGGCCACUGAAGAAGGUGGUAAGGUAUCAGCACAUCCAUUCGGAUCAUGGAGCAUGCCACCUCUUAUACUACACGAGGAGUCGUUUCGGGCAUCGGUUAAAUCUAACGUUCAAAUAUGAGGCGUUAUAUCCUUGGAACAAAUAUUAUUGUAGCUCACAUAGUGUUCUUAAUCUGGAGAAUCAUGCUGCUAACUGGGGGAGUGUUGGUGCUACUCACUGUUAUGGUACAUUAUUCCGAUACAGACCAGUGGACCGACGUAAUCGAGCCCCCGGAAUUAUUGUCCGAYAUUGAAGACCAUUUGCUGCCAUGUCUGAAUUCCUGCCAGCCUAUUGGACAAGUAAUUCUUGGUCUAUGUUAUUUAAUUUGACAUGGAUAUUGAUUGCUGAAUUAUAUGGACUUUUUCUUUGACAUUGAUUGAAUCAAAAUUUGGUUUGUGAUUCCUCAUUAUGUUUGAAGUA